AUGUGGAGUCUGAUUGGAAGCUUUGUGCACCGGAUUAAGACCCAGUUCUCACAGAUUUCCCACUGGUUCAGUACUCUUGUUGGGAGCACAGAUUCCUUCCAGGCAGUGAUGCAUACCCUCGAGCGAGACCAGUUGAAUCUGCGUAAGCUUCUAGUGGUGGUGACGAGCAGUGGCAAGAUUCUUGGAUUAGACAAUUGGAAUGGUGAUGUAGUCUGGAGCAUUUAUGCUGCGCAGCUGGCUCCUCUCCAGGGCAACAAGAUCCUCCUGUACACUCAGCGCACAUCGGCUCACUUCCCACACCAUCCUCAGUGUGUUGUGGUUGGCAGGCACAGGGUGACAGGAGAAGGCAUGUUAAUCGUGUUCAACCCCAUAUCUGGCAUAGGCAUAGGUGACCGAGGUGGCAUCAUCCCCCUUGGCUACCAACUGACCCAGACUCUCCUCAUGCAACAUGCUGAUGAACAGUACUUGAAACCACUACUGCUGGUGGACAAGGGCCUCACUCCUCGGAUCUUCCCAGCCACAGGUGAAUCAGUGAUCCUGGAACACAAGGACUCCAUCUUUCUGCACUUAGCUCAACCUGGCAGUAAUUUUCUCACAGGAUACUCGCUUAGGUUCUCCACUCCAGGGGACAUGAAGUUGACUGAAGUCUGGACUGUGUCACUGGGAGGUGGACCAAUUACAGGAGUUUAUGGGAAACUUGCAUCAGAAAAGGUCCACUCUCCAGGAAGGGUGCUUGCUGACCGCUCAGUUCUGUACAAAUAUGUCAACCCCAAUUUAGCUGUGGUUACAACCCAGGGCUAUGAUCAUGUAACCAAAAACACAUUAACUGUAUAUUUAGUGGACACAGUGACUGGGGCAGUCAUAGAAUCUGUAUCACACAAAAAGGUGUCAGGCCCAAUCCAUGUUGUCCACUCAGAAAACUGGGUUGUGUAUACUUACUUUAAUGACAAGUAUCGACGCUCUGAGGUUACAUCACUUGAGCUAUAUGAGGGACUGACUCAAGCCAAUGCCACUGCAUUCUCAUCUUUUGGGGGACGUGCCACUCCUCCUAUCUUGGAGCGACAAGCUUUCAUCAUGCCUGUAGGGGUGCAAGCUACGGCACACACCACGACAGAAAAGGGAAUCACUACCAAGUUCAUUCUCUUUGCCUUGCAGUCUGGAGCUGUUUUACAGAUGUCCAAGUGGUUCCUUGAUCCUCGACGACCUGUCACAGGCGGCCAGAGGGAGGAAGGCCUGAUACCCUACAUGCCGGAGCUGCGUCUGCCUCCUCAGGAAAUGAUAACCUACAACCACACACUUCCCAGGAUCUCGGCCAUUUACACUGCACCCACGGGAUUGGAGUCGGCAUGUUUAGUGCUUGUUUAUGGAUUAGAUUUGUUUUACACAAGAGUUUUCCCAAGUAAGAUGUUUGAUGUUCUAAAGGAUGACUUUGACCACUACCUCAUCUUAGGGGCCCUUUUGGCUCUCACAGCAGCGGCUCUCAUCACUCGGAAGUUGGCUCAGCGUAAGGCCCUCAAACAGGCCUGGAAGUAACGUGAAAGCCAAAGCACCAGACACUAGCAUUCAUUUUUGCACAUAGGAUGUAACCAUUAUUCAUCAAGCUAGUCUCCUCCAGUAUUGUCAUCUGACAAGUUCCAUUCUUCUUGAUGUUUAAUUAGAUUAUUAUUAUUUUUUGUAUUGUCCUCUCUUUCUCUCCCAUAUCCAUGUCAUGGUUUAUGCAAUAUUCUCAUAUCUGUAUCAUUGUGAUCAUAUGGCAAAAAGAACAUAAGGUGUUUCAGUAUGUUGUGUAUAUAAUGUCUGCUGCUUUUUAUAAGGAGAGAUGUGUAUAUUUGUUGUAGAUGACAUUUUAACAUAUUGGACACAUUACUCUAAAAGAGUCUUAUGUAUAUAGUCACUGAUAGGUAUCAACAGAUUUACCUAAUAUGGUAAAAGAACAAGAAAAUGUUUGUGUGCAAAGUUUUGGGGACUUAUUAAUGAAAAUAAAGAGUAUAAGAAAAUCAAAAGAAGAGACUUGAAUUAUAUGCAAGUGAUCUUUGUAUAUUGAAAAUUGUGAGGUUAAUUUAAAUAUUACAAGUAGUAUGACUGUUUGUGAAAUGUAUGUUAUUGUUGUUGUUGAAGUUCAGUUCAAAUGCAAAGAAAAGAGGAGAAAUGAAGAAAAGGAGAGAAAUAAAGAUGAAUUACAUCAUAUUUGUACAAGGAAAUGCAGAAGGCUAAAUACUGAAAGGUAAUGAAUAGUAAUUGAAGCAUUUAUCUGCCCAGAUAUGUAUUCCACCUUCAGUUUUAGUAUUUGUAGAGAAUUCUUUAAUAUUACUGUUGUUUACAUUUUUUCAAACCUUGCAUUCUGCUAUAUUAGAGGAAUGUAGAUGUGUAAUGCCAUAUUGUUUUACUUUCUCUGGUAAUAACUUUGUAGUUUGUAUCCUUUUUUUAAAUUUAUUUAUUUAUUAUUAUUUUUUAAAAAAUCUUAAACUGCUUCCCAUUCUUCAAGGUAAUGAAUGGCUUACCCCUGUUGCAGAACCACUCUGCACUACUUGUCCUGUAUUUCGAUUUCAUUUUGCUGUAUUUGAGAGUGGUAACCCAUAUGUAGUUUCAGAAUGUUUUCACUCCAUCCUGAAGAAAAUAUAAAUGCAAAGUAAAAGGGUUCUUGAGAGAAAAAUUCUUCAAAUGCAUUGCCCUUGUAUAAAAGUGCCUGAAUGCUCUCAAGUUCGAGAAUAAGAUAAAUGUAUUUGUUUUAAGUCAUCUUGUAUCAUGUUCAUCAUUUGUAUAUACACCGAUAAUAAUGUGCUUAUCCUAAUUAUCCAGAAAUGAUGGUGAAGAUAUUUAGAUGUCUAUAGCAGUUAUGUAUAUUCCUGUAGGAUAUUUUUUAAAGCUCUGUAUAUUUGGUCUCAUAACCCAUUCAUCAGGUCUCCCACUGUGGUGAUGCCUGUGGUUGAGGACAGGAAUUCCAGCUUUUGAUUUUUGAAUAUCACAUUUUCUAUUGUGGCUCCAUACUCUGUAGUGCUGUUUAAUUUAUUUGCAAUGUUUCUUAUAUGGAAUUACCAUUAGACCUCAGGAUUAUUUUUCUAUUAAUUUUUUAAUAUUUUACAGUUUGAUGUGGAUAUUUGCCUCAUUUGGAUCAUUCUAAAAUGUGUUAUUUGCCAUUUGAUACAAGUCUGUAAACUCUGAUAUAAUUUUUGUUUUGUUGUGUUAAUUUCUUUAUUAAUAUUUAUUGUGUCCUCUUUUUCAUAUAUCAUUUGCAUUCAGUUUUGUUGUGCAGACACUUUUUGAUAAGUAGGCUAGAGAUGUAUAUUAUGUUUGAAAUACAUAUAGUAGUGAAUAUGGAUCCUGAGCAUAAGCAAUGUAAAGGAAGAGGGUUUAUAAAGUACCAGGUAUAUGCUAUUGGACUCCUGGUUGCCCAUCUUAUUCAGAAAUAUAUUUGGAUGUCAUUA